UUCGGGCCGGCCCGGCACGGCCCGACAGCUGGUGGGCCGUGCCUAGGCCAGGCCGUGCCGGGCGGGCCUUUUGGCCAUCUAUAGCUGCAGCAGAUGAUCAAAGCCAUGAAGAAAUGAACUUGUCCCGCCCGCGAUCGAAAACGCCCGUAGUUGCGCGCCUGCAAAUCCAACUUCGCGUGCGGUGUGCCGUGCGUGUAUGUGACCACCGUCUCGGAGACUCGGAGUACGUACCCUACGCCACUGGUACGGGGUAAAUAAUCGCAAAACCCACGCGCUCGCGGGUGUCGCCGAACCGGAAGCAGCGCGCGCAUCGUCGUUGGGUCGCGGUCGUGGCUAAGCCGUUUCCUCAGCUUCCACGCACUCUCUCGAUCGGGUCGCUGCCGCUGAUUUGCCCAAGUAGAUUUGGACUCUCGAAUCCUAGUCGGAUCCAGCCGCGCGCGCAACACGGACGCCCGGGUGUUAUAUUUUCCGGUCGACUUACGCCAAUCACCAAGUCGCGCGUACGCACGGUCGCGGGGGCAGCCUGCAUGGGGACCGUGUCAUCCAGCAGCCGCCGCCGUGCGGCCGGGAGCCAACCAAGCAGCAGCAGCUGGGUGAAGGCGCUCGACGUGGAGAACGAUGAGGAGGCGGCGGCACGCGCGGACGCGGACGCGGACGCGCACGCGCUCGAGGCGAAGGGCGACAAGCUGAUGUCGCAGGCGAGGCGGGAGCUGCACGGCGUCUGGUCUUACGUCUCGCGGCCCUUCAUUGUCGCUGCCAGAGCGCGCUUCUACUUCCACAAGGCCGCCGAAACCUUCGUGCUCGCCAACAGCUGGAGGAAAGCGGCGGCUGCACACCACGAACAUGCCGUUUGUUGCAUGAAGAUUGGGCGAUCAGGUAGGCUCAGAGCGGCAUUUGCGCUCUUCGAGGCUGGAAAAUGCUACAUGAAAGUUCUUGAACCUGAUGAUGAGGAGAUGACGAGCAGAACGGUGAGCGACCUGGAAAAAUCCCUUCGCAUGUUUGUCUUGGAGAACGAAUUGGUAAUGGCCGCAGAAGUCUGCGUGGAGCUAGCCAACUUGUAUGCCAUGCUGAAACAGUGGGAAAAGGUUAGGGAGUACAGACAAAAAGCGGCAGAAUUCCACGCAAAGACGAGUGAUGCGUUGUUCGACACUUCCACUGUUUAGUACUACCUCUUUUAAUGUAUGACACCGUUAACUUUUUAUUCAACGUUUGACCAUACAUCUCAUUUAAAAAAUUCAUGCAAUUAUCAUUUAUUUUAUUAUGAUUUAAUUCGUCAUUAAAUGUUCUUUAAACACGACAUAAAUAUUUUUAUAUUUACACAAAAUUUUUGAAUAAAACGAAUGGUCAAACGUUGGUCGAAAAGUCAACGGCGUCAUACAUUAAAAUACGGAGGGAGUAUAUCUGUAUAUGUAGGAUGUUGACUGUCAAAUUGUGAGAUGCCAAGAUGAUCAAUAUAUAUAUAUUUUUG